CCUUGCAACCACUCCACAAUCGUAACUUCCCGUAGAUAUGUUAGUCACCCUUCCCUGAUAUAUUGAAGGAGAUUCUGAGAGUCGAUAUUACAUUACAAAUAUAGCAAAAUUAAGAUGGGAGAUGGUGUGCAAGAAAUCUCAAGGGUGAUUAUCAAGCCCUCAUCUGAAACCACCGGUCACCCAACAAAUCUGAAACUCUCAUACCUUGAUCAGUUAAUACCCUCUUUCUAUAUUCCCCUCAUCUUCUUCUACAAAGCUGAUGAAUCAAGAGGACUGACUACCUCCAACCAUGUCCAACUAUGUCAGCAGCUCAAACAGUCCCUGUCAAACACUUUAACUUCAUUCUACCCUCUGGCAGGAAGGAUUGAAGAAAAUUUCGUGGUUGAUUCUUGGAAUUUCGGUGUUGAGUUCAUUGAAGCUCGAGCCCAUGUUCAACUCAUGGAUGUCAUUCAAGGGCCAGACACGGAAGAUUUCAAGCAGUACCUUCCACUGGAUCCGACAACUGGCGAAGCAAGGAGGCUUCUUGUCGUGAAAAUCACUUUCUUUGAUUGUGGAGGAGUUGCACUCGGACUAUGCUUUUCACACAAAGUAGCUGAUUUCACGUCUAUAAUGGCGUUCGCCAACGCAUGGGCGGCUACAUGCCGAGGGGAAACUGAAUUUUCUCGAUUCAUUUUCAAUCUGGACAGCUAUUUUCCAGCCAGGGACUUUCCUGGCUCUGAUUUCUGGGGAUUCUUAUUGUCUGACGAAAACUACGUGACAAAGAGGUUUGUGUUUGAUGAGGAAAAAUUGGCUGCUCUUAAACAAGAAGCUACCUCCUCAUCUCUGAAGGAUCCCACCAGAGUGGAACUUGUCUCCGCUUUUAUCUGGAAACAUUUCAUGGAGUUGGCAAAAUCUAAGAACCAGGAGGCAAGAAAGACUUUUGCUGCAAUGCACGCAGUGAACCUAAGGGCAAGAAAAUUCCCACCUGGGCUUCUAGAAAAUGUUUUUGGCAACUGCUUGAUGUCGGGGUUGGCGUUCUCUGAUACGAACGUUACAUGUGAUCAAUACAAUAGCGUCGAAGAAUAUGGUGACCUUGUAAGAAAAUUGAGAAGCUCGUUCAAACGAAUUAGUGACGAUUACAUUGCGGAAGCACAAAGUGGAGACAGAUAUCUGAAUGAUCUGUACAAGUUGUUGUCUCCAGUUCUGAAGGGAGAACUGGAGUACUGUUCCUUCAGCAGUUGGUGUAGAUUUCCUGUGUAUGAGGUGGACUAUGGCUGGGGAAACCCAAUUUGGUUGUGCACCACGGCCUUGCCGUUGAAGAAUCUAACGGUUUUAGUGAACAGCAGAUGUGGAGAAGGCAUAGAGGCAUGGGUUAACAUGCAGCAAGACAACCUGGAAAUGCUUGAAACACAAAUCAAACUAAUUCCCAGCACUGGUUUGAAGGAUUUGGACGCUUGUGGUAAGAGACUACAAGGUAAAAGUUCAAGUUGAUGCUGAAAACUUUAAAUCCUAUGUAAUUUGGAGUUAUUUGAUUAAUUAAUGUUCAGAAGUCCUUCGCUUCAAAAGUUUUGUUGAGAAGGUCAAAGAGAAUUAAACUUGUGUUAUUGUUUUCAACACUGACAGAUUUUUAGGAGACUUCCAAACACGUUCUCAGGAUGCAAAUAGUUGUUAUUUUGGAUGAACCUUAUGGAAUUAAAACUUUGUGAGUCCAGUUUCAAAUUGUGCAGUUUCAAAUCCAUUGAAAAGUUCUACAGAAACUUAUAAUUAUUUUACCAAAAACUUCUGGAGAGAGUGUGUUGUUUAGAAUUUUGUGUUUUAUUUGAUUU